ACUUCCCCAAUUCCCUUAUUUGUGCAGGUUCGAGACCCCGUGGAGAGGGUUAUUAGCUGGUACUACUAUAAGCGUACGCCGUGGAAUUCGCUGCAAAUGUUCAAAAUUACCGGAAAAUUUCAAAAUCGUACUCAUUACACGAAAAACUUUGAGGAUUGCGUGCUGAGCCACGACUUCGAAUGUCGCUAUGAUUACGGCCUGAACUUCAAAGAGGAUUCAGCCGAUCAUAAGCGGCAGAGUUUGUUCUUCUGCGGACAUGCCCCCUUAUGCGAACCCUUCAAUACGCCCGCGGCCGUGGCCCGGGCCAAGCAGAAUGUUGAGCGUGACUUUUCGGUUAUUGGCUCCUGGGAGGAUGUGAAUGUUACCCUGGCCGUGCUCGAGCAUUUUAUACCACGUUUCUUUAGGGGCAGUACCGACCUGUAUUAUGAACCCGUCAAAGGCCUGGCCUUCAAGAAGCGCAACACAAACCACUGGAAACCCAAGAUCAGUGAACGGAUCAAGAGAAUAAUGCGGGCCAAUUUCACGCAAGAAUACGAGUUCUAUCACUUCUGCAAGCAGCGCUUGUAUCGGCAAUAUUUCUCAAUAAAUAGACACUUGGAUCUGUGAUUAUAUCACAUUAUUGGUUUGAUUUUAAUUAUUGAGUAGGAUAAGAACAAAGAUUGGAUCAAGUAAUCAAGAGCUUCAGCGGUCUUUUCUGUUCCACUAACUUUACUCAUUCAAUGCAUCUGUAAUUCUAGCCUAGAAGUUUUCAUCUGCGUUUUUUUCUGCUGUUAAGGAAUUAGAAUUAUUUCUUU